GCAGGCGGGGAGCUGGCGAGAGAGCGGCGGAGGCGGCGCCGACGGGGCCCGCUGAAGCGCGCGCGGGGUCGGCGGUGCCCGGGAGCCUGUCGCUUGCGCGGUUCCUCCGGUUCGCUGGCUCCGGGCUUGAGACCCGACGGCGGGAGGCAGCAUGUCGGUGGCGGGGCUGAAGAAGCAGUUCUACAAGGCGAGCCAGCUGGUCAGUGAGAAGGUCGGAGGGGCCGAAGGGACCAAGCUUGACGAUGACUUCAGAGAGAUGGAGAAGAAGGUGGAUGUCACCAGCAAGGCUGUGACAGAAGUGCUGGCCAGGACCAUCGAGUACCUGCAGCCCAACCCAGCCUCCCGAGCCAAGCUGACGAUGCUCAACACCGUGUCCAAGAUCCGAGGGCAGGUGAAGAGCCCAGGCUACCCGCAGUCAGAGGGCCUGCUGGGCGAGUGCAUGAUCCGCCACGGGAAGGAGCUGGGCAGCGAGUCCAACUUUGGUGAUGCGCUGCUGGACGCAGGGGAGUCCAUGAGGCGCCUGGCCGAGGUGAAGGACUCCCUGGACAUAGAGGUCAAGCAGAACUUCAUCGACCCCCUCCAGAACCUGUGCGACAAGGACCUGAAGGAGAUCCAGCACCACCUGAAGAAGCUGGAGAGCCGCCGCCUGGACUUCGACUACAAGAAGAAGCGGCAGGGCAGGAUCCCUGACGAGGAGCUGCGCCAGGCCAUGGAGAAGUUCGAGGAGUCCAAGGAGGUGUCCGAGACCAGCAUGCACAACCUCCUGGAGACGGACGUUGAGCAGGUGAGCCAGCUCUCUGCCCUGGUGGACGCCCAGCUGGACUACCACCGGCAGGCGGUGCGGAUCCUGGAGGAGCUGGUGGAGAAGCUCAAGCAGAGGGUGCAGGAAGCGUCCUCACGCCCCAGGCGGGAAUACAAGCCCAAGCCCCGAGAACCCCUUGACCUCGGAGAGGCGGAGCAGUCCAACGGGGGCUUCCCCUGUACCCCGGCCCCCAAGAUCACAGCUUCGUCAUCCUUCCGAUCUGCCGACAAGCCCAUCCGGACCCCCAGCAGGAGCAUGCCGCCCCUGGACCAGCCAAGCUGCAAGGCGCUGUACGACUUCGAGCCCGAGAACGAUGGAGAGCUGGGCUUCCACGAGGGCGACAUCAUCACGCUGACCAACCAGAUCGACGAGAACUGGUACGAGGGCAUGCUCCGCGGGCAGUCGGGCUUCUUCCCGCUCAGCUACGUGGAGGUUCUGGUGCCCCUGCCACAGUGACCACCCCGCCCUGCCGUCCAGAGGUCCUGUGGCCACCAUCCUGGGCAGAGUGCUACGCACCGCCGGCAGGCCCGACUGCGGGGAGCCCUCUUCCUACCUGCUCUCCCCGCGGUCAUGGGCUCCUUCCGGCCCCAGGCCACCGUCCUGGGGGCUGGGCAGUGUACCUCCUCCCUGCUGCUCCGGUGGUGCCCAGCCCAGCUGCCCGAGGGGGCCACACUAAGGUGCUCUUAGAAACACUAACUUCCUCCCACCCCUUCAAGGACUGGUGACUCCAGGUGGGUGGGCACACGCUCCCCCAACAUGGUCUUCUCCCCCUUCUGGCCCUUGCCCACCCUGCCAGGAGACCUGCCCACAGAGGGACAAAAUUGAACGUGGUAUGGGGUGGGCUGAGCUGGACCCCUGGCUGAGACCGGCUGCCCUUUUAAAUCCUCCCAGCACGCCCCUUCCCAGCCCCCACUCCAGGCCUCUGCAGGCCCACAGGUGCCUCACCCCUUCGCUCCAGCCAGUGGCUUGGGAGAGACAGCCCCCUCUCCUCAGCAGCCCUUGGGCCACCACUGCUCCCCACCUCCACAAGGGCACUGAGCCCCACAGACCCUGCCCACCGCCCUCACCCCCUCAGUUCCAGCUCAGCACAUGGAACUUUUCUCUCUGGCACAAGUGCCACCCACCAGCUUGCACUCCCCCAUCCCUCCCACCUCCCCACAUACACAUGGGACCACAGGAGCCCUCCAACCUCUGCUUUGCAGAAGGCCAAGCACAAAGUCUUUGUUGAGUGAUUGUUCCCAGACCCCUGGCUGCUGGGGUUGCCCUCCGGGAGGGUCACAAGUACCUCCCCUGUCCCGAGCAGGCCACUGCUGACAGUGAGCCCAGCCACCUCCUCCAGUCCAAGGCAGGCCCUUGCUUGACCAGCAGGGCCCCAGCCUCACAUCCACUUCCCUGUUUGUCUAAUCUGAAAGUGGGCUGAAUGGGGGACCUCAGACCUGGUUCACAUUCCCCUCCAGUGACCCAGCAAAGCCUCCAGACACCAGGCUUGCUCACCAUGGAGCCCCCUUGCCACCAUUACACUGGCACAGGUGUCCUGGCCGAGAUGAGCAGUAUAGCCUUGGCAACAGUCUAGGGCAGAUGAAAUUGUAAUCUUGAUUUUUUUUUAAAAAGUAUUAAAUGUCUCUUUCUACA